UCAGAUCCGUGUCAAUGUAUUGAGAUCCUUUGUCUAAUCCUACACGCUGAACAUCGAGGGAAAGAGACUAGAUUAUUGAUAUUUUUAGCACCCCUCUUUAAUUACUACGCGUUUUAAAACUGAGGGGUUUGUCCCACAUACAAUAUUGUGGUUCGAUGUAGGUUCCAGAAGCUACAAAUGUUACAUGAGUCGAAUUUUUUAAGUUUUUAAAAUCGAAUUCACGCCAUCCCAUGUUCUCUCCCUCUCUUUCAUUAGUCUUUUCCCAAUCGACUUUGUUAACGCGGUGGCGCAAUCACGGGGAUUUCUUGAAGGCGUGGUUUUUCUGGAACCGUUCUGAACCCCACGACGAGUUUAGCUUUUGUGAUUCAAUCUCGUUCCUCUGUCUAGGGCUUUCUUCUUAAUCUGUUAUUGAACCUUUAUCCCUUUUUUUUUUAUCUAAUGGCGAGUACGCAGGGAGGUGCGCUGUUUGGCGCUCCUUACAGAUCGAGAGAAGGUCUUAGCACGAGACCCGUGUCUAAUUCAAAUGAAGUGCAAGUGCAGAUCGAUCCUGUGCACGCGGAUUUGGACCAAGAGAUCGUUGGUCUCCAUAGAAAGGUUAAACAAUUGAAAAAUGUAGCUCAAGAGAUCGGAUCAGAAGCAAAAUAUCAUAAUGACUUUAUUGCUCAGUUGCAAAUGACACUGUUAAAAGCUCAAGCAGGGGUAAAGAACAACGUGAGGAGGUUGAACAUGAGCAUCAUCCAGCAGGGCUCAAACAAUGUCUUACAUGUGGUUUUGUUUUGUCUAUUUCUUUUCUUCGUAGUGUACCUCUUGGCGAAAUUUUUCAGAAGAUGAGAACCAGCUGACUAGUCAGCUAUGGCUAUGUAGGACAGAGAAUGUACAGAUUUGAGUAAAAUGAUUGAUUUCAUAGCCAAAA